GUGCAGGACCUCGAGAUGACCGCUGGAGCAUCUGUGGUUCCAUCCCUUCAAACCUACUUCCGGUUACGAGACCUGUUGCUAGGAGACCAGACAUUUCAUGAUGACAGGGUCCAUGUGGAGUUUUAUGUGGAUGAGAACACGUUUAAAGAGAGACUCAAACUUUUCUUCAUCAAAAACCAAAGAUCCAGUUUAAGGAUCCGAAUAUUUAACUUCUGUCUGAAGCUUUUGACGUGUGUUCUUUACAUUAUACGAGUCAUGACAGAUAAUCCGGCCCAGCUCCGCCACACAUGCAUCAACUGCAACAGCACCACGCAGAGCAACGAGAUCAGCUGGGAGCUUAUAUUCUGGGUAGACAGAAAAGUACCAGUUUGGGCCAUUCAGGUGAUUGUAGCAUCCAUCAGUUUCAUGGAGGCCAUGCUGCUAAUGUACCUCAGCUACAAGGGUAAUAUAUGGGAGCAGAUAUUUCAGGUGUCUUUCCUGUUGGAGAUGCUAAAUACUGUUCCUUUCAUCAUAACGAUCUUCUGGCCUCCACUCAGAAACCUGUUUAUCCCUGUGUUUCUCAACUGCUGGCUGGCCAAGUGUGCUCUGGAGAGCAUGAUAAAUGAUCUGCACCGGGCGAUUCAGAGAACACACUCGGCCAUGUUCAACCAGGUCCUCAUUCUUAUCUGCACUCUCUUAUGUCUCGUUUUCACUGGCACAUGUGGUAUCCAGCAUUUAGAGCGUGCUGGGAAGAAGAGUCUGUCUCUCUUUAACGCCUUGUAUUUUUGCAUCGUGACCUUCUCUACGGUGGGCUUCGGCGAUGUGACACCACAGAUCUGGCCGUCUCAGCUGCUGGUGGUGGUGAUGAUCUGCGUGGCUCUGGUGGUGCUGCCUCUACAGUUUGAGGAGUUGAUCUAUCUGUGGAUGGAAAGGCAGAAAUCCGGAGGAAACUACAGUCGACACCGAGCUCAGACAGAGAGACAUGUGGUCUUAUGUGUCAGUACUCUCAAAAUCGACCUGCUCAUGGACUUUCUCAAUGAAUUCUACGCUCACCCACACACACAGGAUCAUUACGUGGUCAUCUUGUGUCCGUGUGAGGUGGACGUCCAGGUGAGGAGGAUUUUGCAGAUCCCACUGUGGUCACAGAGGGUCAUCUACCUUCAAGGCUCUGCCCUCAAAAACCAGGAUUUACUCAGAGCCAAGAUGGAUGAUGCAGAAGCAUGUUUCAUUCUUAGCAGCAGGAAUGAAGCUGAUCGCAUGGCAGCAGAUCACCAGACUAUUCUGAGGGCUUGGGCUGUGAAAGACUUCGCUCCGAACUGCCCUCUUUACGUCCAGAUUCUCAAACCCGAAAACAAAUUCCAUGUUAAGUUUGCAGAUCAUGUAGUGUGUGAAGAAGAGUUCAAAUACGCCAUGUUGGCUCUGAACUGUCUGUGUCCGGCCACCUCUACACUGAUCACUUUACUGGUCCACACAUCUCGCGGACAAGAAGGCCAGCAGUCUCCAGAGCAGUGGCAGAGGAUGUACGGCCGAUGUUCGGGUAAUGAGGUGUAUCAUAUCCGUCUGGGUGACAGUAUGUUCUUCAGAGAGUACAACAGCAAAAGCUUCACCUACGCGGCCUUUCACGCUCACAAGAAAUAUGGCGUGUGUCUGAUUGGCGUGAAGAGAGAAGAUGACAAAAGCAUCUUGUUGAACCCUGGACCGCGCCACAUCAUGUCUGCCAGCGACACCUGUUAUUACAUCAACAUCACGAAGGAGGAAAACUCUGCCUUCAUCCUCAGACAGGAAGAAGAUCAGGGAAAGGGGCGGGCCCACUGGGACAUUUUAAACAGCCCAUCUGGCCUGCCUGUUCACAGCAUCAUCGCUAGCAUGGGAACAGUUGCCAUGGAUUUUCAGAACACCAGUCCCACUGAGAGCAGUGUCAAACUGGCUCCGCCCCCAGAGAACGAACAAGGAAGCCGCCGCCCAAGCAUAGCGCCCGUUCUGGAGCUCGCUGACUCCGCCUCCUUACUGCCAUGUGAUCUGCUCAGCGACCAAUCAGAGGAUGAGGCCGGACAGUCAGAUGAAGAUGUAACAGCUAAUGAAUUUGUGAAAGGAUACCCCCCAAACUCUCCAUACAUUGGGAGCUCCCCGACCCUUUGCCAUCUCCUGCCCCAGAAAGCCCAUUUCUGCUGUUUACGGCUUGAUCAGAGCUGUGAGCAUGUUUUCUUUGAAGACGCAAAAGCGUAUGGCUUCAAAAACAAGCUAAUCAUUGUUUCUGCUGAGACGGCUGGAAAUGGCCUUUACAACUUCAUAGUGCCUUUAAGAGCUUAUUACAGACCCAGACGGGAGCUCAACCCUAUAGUCCUGCUGUUAGACAACCUACCUGAUGACCACUUCCUUGAGGCCAUAUCCUGCUUCCCAAUGGUGUAUUAUAUGGGUGGCACCAUUGACAAUUUGGACAGCCUAUUGCAGUGUGGUGUUCUGUAUGCUGAUAAUCUAGUGGUGGUGGAUAAAGAAAGCACUAUGAGUGCAGAGGAGGACUAUAUGGCUGAUGCCAAAACCAUUGUCAACGUGCAGACCAUGUUCAGGUUGUUUCCAAGUCUCAGUAUAAUCACAGAACUGACUCACCCAUCAAACAUGAGAUUCAUGCAGUUCAGAGCGAAGGACUGUUACUCUCUCGCCCUGUCCAAACUAGAGAAGAAGGAACGUGACAAAGGCUCAAAUCUUGCCUUCAUGUUUCGUCUUCCAUUUGCUGCUGGUCGAGUCUUCAGCAUCAGCAUGCUGGACACACUCCUGUACCAGGUGUGUGUGUGUGUGUGUGUGUGUGUGUGCAAAGAGGAAUUUGGACUGUCCCUAGUAAACCCAGUCACAGCGCCCUCUUGUGCUCAGGAAUUAAACAUGACAGGUGCAAAUAGUAACAUUUUAUGCAUUUGGGUAUGUGAGGCUGAUCUCUGGAUCCACACAUACGGGAGACUCUUCCAGAAGUUCUGCUCGUCUAGUUCAGAGAUUCCCAUCGGAAUCUACCGCACAGAAUCACACGCAUCACCUGAGUUUCAAGGUUCUGUCAUCAUUGAGGGGUUAAACGACACCAGGGAGAAGGGGGAGGAGUCAAAGAUCCUCACCAGGAGCUCCUCCAGCAGUGACCAAUUAGAGCACCCACUCCUGAGAAAGAAGAGCAUGCACUGGACGAGGCGUCUCAGUAGGCGGAGCGUGAAGAGGUGCGACUCCUCCCUCAGCUCCAUCCACCAGCGUCUGGGCGUGUUACGUCGCUCAGAAAGGGAGGAGCUUACAGAACUGGUCAGGAACCGCAUGCAGCACUUGGGCCUGCACACGGCUGGAUAUAAUGAGUUGAAUGACCAGCAGAACUCCAUCUCAUAUGUGCUGAUAAACCCCGCCCCCGACACGCUGCUGCAGCUCAAUGAUGUUGUGUUCCUGAUCCGUCCGGAUCCACUGGCUCACGUACCCGAAGCACUGCCUGUACAAACCCACCGGUGCCGGUCCAUGACUGACACACCAGAACUCAACAAGAUUUAACCGGUCAGAACUACAUCAAAAAGCCAUGAUAGAAUUGGACUAUAAAGAGCUGUCUGCACUUUAAACGUUUCGCUCAUAUAAGCUCUUGCUCUUAGAUUCAUCAGUGAUAUUAUGGUCUGAACACUGCAUAUAAUACAAAUAGCUUUGUGAAAUAUUGUGCAGUGAAGUCAAGCUCAAGAGGGUUAUUUAUCCAGUGCAGUAACAAACACAUAGAUUGUCCUGUUGUAGAUCAGACACUAGAGGGCGAUAACGUUAGCAUAAAAACUGAUUGCAGUCAUGCAAUUAACUUUGUAAUUUGGAUAAUCAUGUUUUUGCUGUUGUAAUGCAGGCAUGCAUUUCUCGUUUCAUUUUCAUGUUUGUUUAUUGCCUUACAGUGUUUUGCAUCAAGGAAGAUCACUAACAGUCUACUUAAUUCUGUACAGCAGCCACAAAAACUAUUUAAAAUAUCUGAAUGUCAUUGCAUUAAAUAAAAUAUCAAACCAAGUAGCAUUUAUUAAAGAAAGAUACACCAGUUGAUUCAGUGACCGAAUAAAGACUUAAAGGAAUAGUUCACCUAAAAAUGAAAAUUUGCUGACAAUGUCCUCACCCUCAGGCCUUUAAAAAAAUGUAGAUGCUUUUGUUUCUUCAUCAGAUUUGGAGAAAUCAGCUUGAAAUCUUCAUCAAGCUUUGAAUUACUUGCUCACCAAUGGAUCCUCUGCAGUGAAUGGGUGCCAUCAGAAUGAUAGUCCAAACAGCUGAUAAAAACAUCACAAUAAUCCAAACCACUCCAGUCCGUCAGUUAAUGCCGUGUGAAGCAUGCUACAUUGGUGAGCAAGUGAUGAAGAAAUAAACUCAUCUGCGUCUUGGAUGGCCUGAGAAGAGUACAUUUUCAGCUAAUUUUAAUUUUUGGGUGAACUACUCCUUUAAGUGUCCAUUUUUUGGGGGGUCACUCCAUUCUAGCUAUUCUAGUCAUUAUUAUUGCUGUGCACAUUUAAUUCAUUUUCAGUUAGACUAAGUUGUCCACAAUCCAGUAAUAAAGAAAUGUGCAACGUGUUGAUAUUGUAAUUAUAAUGUACAAUGUAUUUACAUAGAAGGUAAUUUGUACGUCAGAUAUUUUUGUGAAUUUGGUGCCUUUUGAAAUUAAAGUGUUUAAUGCA